AUAAUAGAAGAGAAUGACAAUAUUAAUCAUGUGAUGAGUCCUCCUAAUCAGAUCGAUCGGAUACCAACUUCAACUUUUACUCAAACUACUCCAUUGAACCAAUUAACAAUGGUCACAACUGAGAAGAUUGUUGUUGAUAGGGAGAUCUCAACCAAUCAACUUUCUUCAUCAAUCAUGAAUUCGAAUGAGCCAAUUGCGAUGCAACAUUUUCCUUCUCAUCACAACAACCGAUCAUCACAAGCGUUCCUCCUCGAUACAAUUAAAUCAACCAAUCACGAUAGAGCACUUAGUAGCUGAUCGAGAUCACGCCACCUCUAACGGCUUCAUAAAUUCGUCACGCCUGGCCAUAUUAACUAAACUUAAACGCUCCGAUAGCAUUUCGAGCAUAAAUUCCUACAAUUCCUAUUUCCCGUCACCGGCUAUCAUUGGACAAUUUCAUUUCAGGGCAUGCUUGGACUGUUCUUACCUCGUGGAUAAACGAUUGCAGUUGAUCAAAAGUAACAUACCCAUCUCAACCGAGGAGCAAUCAGCAGGUCAAGCUAAGGUCGCCCACUUUUUGACCACAUAUCAGGAAAUGCACAGAUGCAUCAUAGAAGUGCGCAAAUUACUACCGUCCUAUUCGGCAAAAGUGGAUUCAUUGAGCACCUACGGAAAAUCUAUUCAGCAAUACAACCAAGCCCGCAGAAUGAGAGAAGAGAUCAUGAGGAACGGGGAGAAGAUAGAACAUUUGAGCCGUUCUUUACAAAUCUUAACCGGUGUUAUGGAUCCGGAAGCCGAAAUUAAUCUCAACCUGGUUAAAGCUAUAAGAUCCAUGUCUUGCAAAUUUUUGAAGGACAAUUUUCUCACCCUACCCAAGCUCCCAGAUCAAGCCAGCUUCGACGAAACGCUGCUUAGCGACAAAUGCCAUGUCGUGCCCAUUCAACCUCUUCCCCUAAAAGUACCGGAUGACAAUGAAAAAACUACUCCAGCUCACCAAUCACAAUCCCUAAAAAUUGACCAAUCACAUCUGAGCAAACAUGGGACCAGUACUAAGGAAUUGGCUAAUACGAAAAAUGAAAGAGUAAUUGAACUCGUAUCUUCGCCCGUCUCGCCAGCUCUUUCGAAAAAUAUUGGGCUAGAAGAAAAAGAUGUUUUGAGGGAACAAAUUGAAAUAAUAACUGGUUAUUUGGAAACGGCUCUUAAAACCGACGACUUGGACCAAGUUUAUACCUUGGAAACUAACCUGAAAGAACUCAAAGACAUAUUGGAUGCUAGCUAACACUAAAAUAGAAUCAUUUUAAAUGGUUCCUAGAUUGAUGAAGAUAACUUUAAAAAUAUGUAUUCUGCCGAAGAACAAAAUGGAGAACUUUAUAUUCGUGAGGAAAGAAGAAAAAUGAAAACGGGUUCAUAACGAGAUACUUCCCUUUACAACAAAAUAUUUAGAUAAAAUAAACGCGAAUAAAAUUAAAUUAAAAAUUUUAACAAAUUUUGCAUACUACCCGAAAAAUUUUUUUAUAGGGAGAUUUAUAAAUCCUUAAAAUGUCCUUCUUCGGCAAAAUCUGUCUCAACUGAUAUUCCGUGCACUCAUAUCUAAAGAAUUUAAGUAAAAUAGUCAAAAAAAAUUUUUUAUCAUUGCUUUCAGAAUUUCUUUGAUUUAAUACCUCUAAGAAUACUCCCUCCCCUCGCAUAAAAUUUAUCCCAUUUUUGAGGAAAGAAAUACAUUAUCUUUGGCAUAAACUGUUGUUACUAUACUAUAUUAUGUACAUUUAAUAUUCAUAAAAAUGUAAGUUAUUUUUUAUAAUUUUUGCUCAGAUAUUGGUCGAAACGAAAUCAACUCAUUUUUUAAAAAAAAGGAUCAUUAUAAUAUAACAUGAUACUAUAUUUUUUUAAAAAAAUACCUUGCUUCCUUAACUCAUUUUUAGUUUCAUAAAAUUUCGAUUUAUCUAGGUGAGGAUAGAUUGGUAUAUCUAAAAAUACACGCCAAUCGCCUAGAAAAUUAAUGUGCUUCCAUUUAUUGUUGACGGCUCGAUUUGAGCCGAUUUUUAAAAACGCUAACCAAAUAUAUUAGCCAGAAAGAUAUUGUCUAAGCUUCGAUAUUUCGUUAAUGGAUGUUCAGACCUUUGUGCCACCUGUAAGCAAAAUUUUAAGGCUUGCAAUAAUAAUUUUAAAAUUGAGUUACCUGUUUUUUAAAAAUUGGCUCAAAAUGAGCUGUUUAAUAACACUACUUCCAUUUGUUUUGUAAUCAUAUUUUU